UAAAGGAAAAGGAAUUUCGUUUUCUCCAUGCAGACUUCCGGUUUCAAACGCCUGGGGGAUACACCAACGAGGGCCACGACCUUCUGGACCCAAGCAAAUGGUCUUCUCAGAAAAAACUUAACCUUCCAGAAACGAAAUUUGAGGACAAAUUCUCGUCUGAUUUUAUUCCCAUUCAUCCUCUGUUCAUUGCUCGGUGUAAUUCAGACAAUAGUCGAUAGAACCUUGGAUGACCCGUUUAUCAGAUGUGGUUGUGCUUGUGUUGAUACGAAUGGAGACGGUAAAUGUGAGAAAGUUUGUGGGGUAGAGUACUCAAGUUCGUUACAAGCAUCAUCCUGCCCCAUUCCAAGUCCUCCACAAUGGGCUCCUAUAUUGCAAAUGCCUGCUCCUGAUUUCCGGGCUGUGAGAACAGAUUUUUCUCCAUACACAGACUUGCCAAAUGAAUCAUGCAGGGAGUCAAUGUCAUGUCCUGUUACUAUGCUUUUCACUGGAAAGAAUCGCUCUCUUGGAAAUAUUCUGGCUGGAAAUAUGGUCCCAAGUUCUUUGUUUUGGAAUUCUUCUGAUGCUCUGAAUGCUGUAUCUCUUAACGUUAUGGGAUCAGAAACGAAGCCUGGUACAGAAAAUUAUAUUGAUUUCGCUUUCUUUUCAAAUCUUCCUUUAUAUUAUGUGCAACGUCAGUGUGCGACAGGCUCGACAUUGUCAAUUCCUCUUUCACUAUACUCUCUUGAAAGCAAACAAAAAGUUGCAUGUGUUCAAGGCCUACAAUUGUGGCGCAAUAGUGCUUCACAGGUGAAUGAUGAGAUAUACAAAGGUUACGUAAACGGGAAUCCCAAGGGGAAAAUCAAUGAGAUUCUUUCAGGCUUUGAUUUCUUAAAUUCGGAUAGGAACAACUUUAAUGUGACUAUAUGGUAUAAUUCAUCUUAUAAUGGUGGCUCUGGCUUGAGCGUUCUGUUGCGGGUGCCACGCUCGGUUAAUCUGGCAUCCAAUGGCUAUCUUAAGUUUAAGUUAGGAGCACGCAUAGAGAUGCCCUUUCAGUUUGUCAAAGAAAUGCCGAAACAUGAGACAAAGAUGAAGUCGGAUUUUUCUUCUCAACUUGGUGCACUAUUUUUUACGUGGGUCAUCCUCCAGCCUUUUCCAGUUAUCUUGACAUCGUUGGUAACUGAGAAGCAACAGAAACUGAGAAUCAUGAUGAAAAUGCAUGGGCUUGGUGAUGGGCCUUAUUGGGCGAUUUCAUAUGCUUAUUUUCUCGCAAUUUAUUCAUUAUACAUGUUUUUUUUCGUGUUGUUUGGUUCAGUUGUAGGGUUAAAGUUUUUUACAAUGAAUGACUACAGUAUCCAGUUAGUGUUUUAUCUCUUGUUUAUAAAUUUGCAAGUCUCCAUUGCCUUUCUAAUGGCUAGCACGUUUUCAGAUGUCAAGACAGCUGAAGUUUCGGCAUAUAUUUGUGUCUUCGGAACAGGGCUCUUAGGUGGAUUUCUCUUCCAAUUUUUUCUUGAAGAUCCUUCAUUCCCACAUGGCUGGAUUAUAUUGAUGGAGUUAUAUCCUGGAUUUUUGCUAUAUCGUGGGUUGUAUGAGUUUGCAUUUUAUUCUACCAGUGGGAAUCAAGUAGGGACUUCUGGGAUGCGAUGGGGAGAUUUCAUUGAUAGUACCAAUGGAAUGAGAGAAGUCUUUGUCAUUAUGUUUUUUGAGUGGAUAGUGGUGCUUCUAGUUGGAUAUUAUAUCGAUCAAGCUAUAUCAUCGGGAAGUUGGAAGCAUCCAUUGUUUUUCCUUCAAAGACACGACAAAAAACCUGCACCUCAGAAUCUUGUUCCGGAGAGGCAAGGAUCAAAAGUUGUGGUUCAGAUUGAUAAACCUGAUGUCAGAGCAGAGAGGGAGAAGGUCGAACAGUUGAUAAAGGAUAGACAUCCAAGUCAUGGCAUCAUAUGUGACCAUAUCAAAAAGGUGUAUCCAGGAAGGGAUGGGAACCCCGAGAAGUUUGCAGUUAAAGGACUGUCUCUUGCUAUAGACCGAGGAGAAUGCUUUGGGAUGCUAGGUCCUAAUGGUGCGGGAAAAACCUCCUUUAUCAGUAUGAUGAUUGGUCUUACAAAACCAACCGCUGGAACAGCCUUUGUUGAAGGUCUGGACAUAAGGACUGAGAUGAAUGGCGUAUAUGCAAGCAUGGGCGUUUGUCCACAGCACGACCUGCUAUGGGAAACCUUAACAGGAAGGGAACACCUACUCUUUUAUGGCAGACUCAAGAACUUAGAAGGUUCUGCUUUAGUACAAGCAGUGGAAGAAUCUCUCAAGGAUGUCAACCUCUUCAAAGGAGGAGUAGCAGACAAACAAGCUGGGAUGUACAGUGGAGGUAUGAAGAGGAGGCUUAGUGUCGCUAUAUCACUAAUUGGAUAUCCUAAAGUUGUUUAUAUGGAUGAGCCAAGCACUGGCCUAGAUCCAGCUUCAAGAAAAACUUUAUGGAAUGCUGUGAAGCGUGCAAAGAAAGAUCGAGCAAUCAUCCUUACUACACAUUCUAUGGAAGAGGCAGAAGUCUUAUGCGAUCGGAUAGGAAUUUUUGUAGAUGGAUGCCUCCAAUGUGUUGGACAUCCAAAAGAGCUUAAAGCCAGAUAUGGUGGGGUUUAUGUAUUUACAAUGACAACAUCCUCUGAUCAUGAGGGAUAUGUUGAGGACAUGGUGAAGCGAUUAGCCUCUGGAGCAAAGAAGAUAUACCAUUUAUCUGGAACACAAAAAUUUGAGCUUCCAAAACAUGAUGUUCGGAUAGCUGAAGUGUUUUUAGCAGUUGAAGAGGCCAAAAGCAGAUUUACGGUUUUGGCUUGGGGUUUGUCUGAUACCACUUUAGAAGACGUCUUUAUCAAAGUUGCUAAUUCAGCCAAGUCUUCACAUACGCUUUCUUGAAUUCUUGUUGCUUUCUCUUUUUCAAAAUUCUAAAAGAGAAUGGCAAUCUAAUUAUUUCAUUUUUGUAACUGAAUCUAUUUAACAUUAUUUAAUUUUUGAGACCGAGUAAUAGGAUGUCUUAAAAGGUGGAUUUUAUUUGAUUUAAUUAUCUAAAAGACCCAUUUUAAAGGUCUACAAUCACAAAUCA